AUGGAUCAGGGUUUAAUACUAAAUUAUGAAUAUUUAGCAGCCCAUAUUACAGACUUUCUUGAGGACGACAAGCUCUGCACUGUUUUUGAAAUAGAAGACAUAAGAAAAAUUCUGCAAUUUGCAAAUCUCACUUCAGAUAAUUUCAUCUCGCUUCUUAAACAGUCAUCUUCAACAAUCAAAACAAGAGAUAUAUUUGAGUGCAUUCGAGAUUCAUAUGUUUCAAUUAACAAUUUUCCAGAAGCAAUUGCUACUUUAAAAUCUGUUAAAAAAUACGUGAAAUUAAAUUUGCUCGAUGGAAUAAUUAAUUUUUUGAUUCAAAUGUACCAAGAGAUGCAAUCAUUGCAAUCAAUUAUUGUUGAAAAGGAAAAUAUAAUCUCUGGAUUGAAAGAAGAUUUAGAAAUUGCUAAGUAUGAAAAUUUAAAUGACCCAAAUCGGAUUUAUAGUUUCCUUGAUGAACUUUCGAAACAAGGUAAUCAAAGAAUGAUUGAAAAGGCAUGUAAAAAAGGCCUAUAUUGUUAUGGCGAUAAACAUGGAAAGACAGUUCUUCAUAUGGCCUGCCAAAAUAGCAAUUCCAGACUUGUCAUAUCUCUUAUUAAAGGUGGAUGUAGAACUUGCAUUACAACUUAUGAUUAUUAUUAUCCAAUUGACUAUGCAUCAGGUCCUGAAGAAUUCGAAAUCAUAAAAAGUCUAAUAAAAGCAGGCAACGAUAAAGAUCACAAAGACUUUUCAGAAGAAACACCACUCAUUAGGGCCUCAUCUAAUGGAAACAUUAGAUUGGUCAAAUAUCUCACAUCAAUUGGGGCUAAUAUAGAAGCAAAAAAUAAAUACGGUUCUAACCCACUUUUGCGAGCUACAGAGAAUAACCAUUUUGAAAUUAUCAAACAUCUCAUCUCAGUUGGAGCUAAUUUAGAGGCAAAAAGUAGAAACGGCGAAACUCCUCUUAUAAUUGCUUCAAGAGAUGGAAAAAUUGAUAUUGUUAAAUAUCUUAUUUCUAUCGGGGCAAAUAUUGAUGCACGAGAUAAAGAAGGAAAAACCUCACUUAUUUGUGCCCUCAAUGAUUCAAAACUUGAAGUUAGUCAAUACCUUAUCUCUUCGGGAGCCAGAAUAGAUAUUAAAGAUAAUAAUGGAAAUUCCACACUCACACAAGCAUCUCGCGCAGGUUUUCUUGAAAUAGUCAAAUGUCUUAUAUCUGCUGGAAUUGAUAAAGAUAUAAAGAAUAAUGACGGAGUAACUCCACUUAUGCUUGCAUCACAAUUUGGACAUUUAGAAAUAGUUCAAUAUUUGAUUUUUCUUGGAUCUAAUAUAGAUGAAAGGAAUAAAGAUGGAAAUACUGCCCUUAUACUGGCUACAAAUCCUUAUUCAUAUGAUGAAAAAAUGGAUAUCAUAUCUAUCGAAAUAAUGAAACUUCUUAUUUCUAAAGGGGCAAAUAUUGAAACAAAAAAUAACAAAGAGAAUACUCCACUCAUUAGUGCAGCACAGAAUGGUAAUCUCCCAAUUGUGAAAUAUCUUAUUUCUAUCGGAGCUAAUAUUAAUGCAACAACCAAUAAUGGGAAAACUCUGCUUUAUUUAUCGCGCAAAUCUGUGAGGGAGUAUCUUUUAUCGAUUGGUGUCAAAUGGGUUUAA